AAGUAAAUCAAGUGGGAGGGGACGAAGGCCAUCACAGCCCCUACUACGCCUGUCACGGAGAAUCGACAAUUUGGAUCCAAGAUGACGGACUCCAAGUACUUCACCACUACCAAGAAAGGGGAGAUCUUUGAGCUCAAAGCAGAGCUUAACAGUGAUAAGAAAGAGAAGAAGAAGGAGGCUGUGAAGAAGGUCAUUGCCUCUAUGACAGUUGGAAAGGAUGUCAGCGCUCUCUUCCCAGAUGUUGUGAACUGCAUGCAGACGGACAACCUGGAGCUGAAAAAGCUGGUCUACCUCUACCUGAUGAACUAUGCCAAGAGUCAGCCAGACAUGGCUAUCAUGGCUGUUAACACCUUUGUAAAGGACUGUGAAGACCCUAACCCUCUAAUCCGGGCUCUUGCUGUUCGUACAAUGGGCUGCAUCCGUGUGGACAAGAUCACGGAGUACCUCUGUGAGCCGCUGAGGAAAUGUCUGAAGGAUGAAGACCCAUACGUGAGGAAGACGGCUGCUGUGUGUGUAGCAAAGCUGCAUGAUAUCAACGCCCAGUUGGUGGAAGACCAAGGCUUCCUGGACACCCUUAAAGACCUCAUAUCGGACUCCAACCCCAUGGUUGUAGCAAACGCAGUGGCUGCGUUGUCUGAGAUAGCAGAGUCUCACCCGAACAGUAAUCUCCUGGACCUGAACCCACAGACCAUCAACAAGCUGCUGACAGCUUUAAAUGAGUGUACAGAGUGGGGACAGAUAUUCAUUCUUGACUGCCUGGCCAAUUACACACCUCGCGAUGAUCGUGAGUCCCAAAGCAUCUGUGAGCGUGUGACCCCACGGCUCUCACAUGCAAACUCUGCAGUGGUGUUGUCAGCGGUUAAAGUUUUAAUGAAGUUCAUGGAGAUGCUGCCCAAAGACUUGGACUACUAUGGAACCCUGCUGAAGAAGCUUGCCCCUCCACUUGUCACUCUCCUCUCUGCUGAGCCUGAGCUGCAAUAUGUGGCCCUCAGAAACAUCAACCUCAUUGUACAGAGACGCCCAGAGAUCUUGAAGCACGAGAUGAAGGUUUUCUUUGUAAAGUACAAUGACCCAAUCUAUGUCAAACUGGAGAAGCUGGACAUUAUGAUUCGCCUAGCAUCCCAAGCCAACAUUGCCCAGGUGCUGGCUGAGCUGAAGGAGUACGCCACUGAGGUGGAUGUGGACUUUGUCCGUAAAGCGGUUCGAGCUAUUGGCCGCUGUGCCAUCAAAGUAGAGCAAUCAGCAGAGCGCUGUGUCAGCACACUGCUAGACCUCAUCCAAACCAAGGUUAAUUAUGUGGUGCAGGAGGCCAUUGUGGUUAUCAAGGACAUCUUCCGCAAGUACCCUAACAAAUAUGAGAGUGUGAUUGCCACUCUGUGUGAAAACCUGGACUCCCUGGAUGAGCCGGAGGCACGUGCCGCCAUGAUCUGGAUUGUGGGAGAGUAUGCUGAGCGCAUCGACAACGCUGAUGAGCUGCUGGAGAGCUUUUUGGAGGGUUUCCACGAUGAAAGCACUCAGGUGCAGCUGCAGCUACUUACGGCAAUCGUCAAGUUGUUCCUGAAAAAGCCAACAGAGACACAGGAGCUAGUGCAGCAGGUGUUAAGCCUUGCCACACAGGACUCUGAUAACCCAGACCUCAGGGACCGUGGCUACAUCUACUGGCGUCUGCUCUCCACAGACCCCGUGGCUGCAAAGGAGGUGGUUCUGGCUGAGAAGCCCCUGAUCUCUGAGGAGACCGAUCUGAUUGAGCCCACACUGCUGGAGGAGCUCAUCUGCCACAUUGGAACUCUGGCCUCUGUCUACCACAAGCCCCCCAGUGCCUUUGUUGAGGGCAGCCGUGGUGUUCAGCACAAGAGACUCCCCGGCAGUGCUGGAUCCGGAGAGAGUGUUGACAGCCCAGAUACAGGUUCUGCUGCUGGAGUUUCUGAGGCGCCCCCUGCCGUCAUCCCAUCCCAGGGAGACCUCCUGGGAGAUCUGCUUAAUCUGGACCUGACGCCUCCCACUGCCACUGGACCACCACCAGCCCCCUCCUCUGGGAUGCAGAUGGGUGCUAUGGACCUUCUUGGAGGUGGACUGGACAGCCUGCUUGGCGGAGACCUUGGAGGAAGUCCUGCUAUGGGAGCUGGUUUUGGUGCACCUGCAGCUGCAAUGCCGUCCUCUUUCAAUGCUCCUGUGAGCGGCGGUUUGGAUGACCUGUUUGAUCUCGGAGGUGGAGUUGGUAUGCCCAUGGGAGCCUACAGCCCCCCUAAAACAGUUUGGCUUCCAGCCAUGAAGGCCAAGGGACUGGAGAUAUCUGGCACGUUUGCCCGCCGAGCUGGGGUCAUCCAAAUGGAGAUGACCCUCACUAAUAAAGCUAUGAGUGUCAUGACGGAUUUUGCCAUCCAGUUUAACAGAAACAGCUUUGGUCUCGCUCCGGCUGGUCCACUCCAGGUUCUCACCCCUCUUAGCCCAAACCAAAGUAUUGAAGUGACCCUUCCCCUCAGUACUGUCGGACCUGUCAUGAAGAUGGAGCCUCUCAGUAACCUGCAGGUGGCUGUUAAGAACAACAUUGACGUAUUCUACUUCAGCUGCCAGUACCCCAUCAGCAUGCUGUUUGUAGAGGACGGGAAGAUGGAGCGACAGGUGUUCCUCGCCACAUGGAAAGACAUUCCUAAUGACAACGAGUCCCAGUUUCAGAUCAAAGACUGCCAUCUCAGCUCAGAUGCGGCCUCCAGCAAGCUGCAGGGUAGCAAUGUCUUCACCAUAGCCAAGCGUACAGUGGAGGGUCAGGACAUGCUGUAUCAGUCCAUGAAGCUGACCAAUGGCAUCUGGGUGCUGGCUGAGCUGAGGGUGCAGGCAGGAAAUCCAAACUACACGGUCUCUCUGAAGUGCAGAGCCCCCGAGGUUUCUCAGUGUGUGUUCCAGAGCUACGAGGCGAUGCUGAAGAACUGAAAUACACCCCCCACAUCGACCCAUCCGCCGCCCUCGCAGGCUCCUGGCACCUGCUCCUGCGCUCCCUCACCUGACCCAUGAACCAUAUCACAGCUUCACGCAGUGCAGGAGCCUCUGCCUGCUGGGUUGGGCCUGGAGGCUGCUCUAUGUUUGUCAUUCGGCUGUUUAAUUAGGAUGGUUAAUAAUGAUUUUUGUCCCAAUUUUUGAUCCCAUCUCUGAUCCCCUCCACCAAGACUGCAGACAUUUCUGGUUCACUGUCUUUGGCUGUCCUGUCCCCUCUUUGUUUUGUUACUUCACACACUAGUUUCAGUUUCAGGACAUUAUCUCAUGAUAGAUACUCUGAGUGAACACCCUGAGCAGGUCCUCCUCUCGUCCCCACUGAGGCCAUCCCUCUGAUGACCUUUAGUCUUUUGGAGACAGACGGCUGUAUGACUUGCAUUCCCGUGACUGUUUCCUCUGCAUGAGGGUUUUUAAUCAUUAUCUAGCCCCAUUUCUCUGCAAAUUGGAGUCUAUUUUUAGCAUAUGCCAUUAGCAGGUGAAUCAUCACCCUCGGCAUAUUUAUUUAGGGUACUUUCGAUUAAAAUGCAGCAGAAUGAGGCUUUAACUCUCCCUCCGCCUGUGAGUGAAGUGGAAGGUGGCUGUCCGGGCCGUAGAAGAGACACAUAAAUACUUACAACAACUUACUACAUUAUUGUUGUCUUUGUCAUUUUGUAGAGUUUUUUUUUAGCGUCUGUUGUCAGCAGUGGGAUCGGAUCCUCUGCUGUCCCUGAAAGCAGAAUGUCUGACGUGUGCUUGGAAACCGUUUGUUGGUGUCUGUUUCUUUUAAUUUGUACAUCAUUAUGUGGACAUGCUAUAGGCUAGCAGCAGUUUUCUGCUGCCUGCUGUCUUACUUAGUCAUUCCAUUGUUUAAUUUGUGUUUGUGGUCUUGUUAGUGUACAUGUUACAAACUGGCAGAGAGCCGCAGGUGUUGAGGAUUUUGUAUGAGCUGCUUCCCCUCUGCAUCGGUGACAGCCACUGGGGGCCUCUCUGCCACUUUGCUCUCUCUGGAUCCUCAUAGCAGCUGUUGGAGCGCCAUGGCUACCUGAGAUGAAGGCUCAGGUGGGAUAUCUCAAAACUUAUGAUGUCAUGGUUUGUAACGCUUGUGAGUAGUAAGUGCACAUGCAGGUAACACGCGGUCUUAGCUGGAAGAGGAACAGCUAGAACAACAUCCUGCCUCACCUGCAGACUCUACAUUAAUUGGAUUCCUUAUUCCGAGUCAUUACACUGAAGCCCUUUUUAUCGGCUCUGCAGGAUGUAUGCACUUUUGCUAACGCCUUGUGAAGAUUAGAACAGAGGUGGCCGCGUAUUCUGAGUGUGUGUCUUUGUGUGUGGUGAAGGCUGAUUCAUACAAAAUGCUGUAAAAAAAUAACAAUAAUCAAAUGUUUAGUCAGAGGCUUUUGAUUGAUAUGAUUUUGUUCGUUGUGUGUACAUCAUUUCAAAAAGGACUAUUAAAAGUCUUUAUG